AUGGAGGACGCGGGAGCAGCCGGCCCGGGGCCGGAGCCCGAGCCCGAGCCCGAGCCCGAGGGGGGCGCCGGCAUGUCCGAGGCGUUCUCCCGGCUCUGGAGCGACGUGAUGGGCAUCCUGGACGGCUCCCUGGGAAACAUCGAUGACCUGGCGCAGCAGUAUGCAGACUAUUACAACACCUGUUUCUCCGACGUGUGCGAGAGGAUGGAGGAGCUGCGGAAGCGGAGGGUUUCCCAGGACCUGGACGUGGAGAAACCCGAUGCCAGCCCCACGUCACUUCAGCUGCGGUCCCAGAUCGAAGAGUCGCUUGGCUUCUGUAGCGCCGUGUCAACACCAGAAGUGGAGAGAAAGAGCACUCUUCCUAAGUCAAACUCAGAAGACGGCUCUGUAGGAAAAGGAGAUUGGAAGAAGAAAAAUAAGUAUUUCUGGCAGAACUUCCGAAAGAACCAGAAAGGAAUAAUGAGACAGACUUCAAAAGGAGAAGAUGUGGGCUACGUGGCCAGCGAGAUAACAAUGAGUGAUGAGGAACGGAUUCAGCUGAUGAUGAUGGUCAAGGAGAAGAUGAUCACCAUUGAGGAAGCACUUGCAAGGCUCAAAGAGUAUGAGGCCCAGCACCGGCAGUCAGCGGCCUUGGACCCUGCCGACUGGCCAGACGGUUCCUACCCGACGUUCGAUGGCUCGUCAAACUGCAACUCAAGAGAACAAUCGGAUGAUGAGACUGAGGAGUCGGUGAAGUUUAAGAGAUUACACAAGCUGGUCAGCUCCACUCGCAGAGUGAGAAAGAAACUAAUCAGGGUGGAAGAAAUGAAAAAGCCCAGCACCGAAGGCGGGGAGGAGCAUGUGUUUGAGAAUUCCCCAGUUCUGGAUGAGAGGUCCGCCCUUUAUUCUGGAGUACACAAGAAGCCAUUUUUCUUUGAUGGCUCUCCUGAGAAACCUCCAGAAGAUGAUUCAGACUCUCUCACCACUUCUCCAUCAUCCAGCAGCCUGGAUACCUGGGGAGCCGGCCGGAAGUUGGUCAAAACCUUCAGCAAAGGAGAGAGUCGGGGCCUGAUUAAGCCCCCCAAGAAGAUGGGGACGUUCUUCUCCUACCCAGAAGAAGAAAAGGCCCAGAAGGUCUCCCGCUCCCUAACUGAGGGGGAGAUGAAGAAGGGUCUCGGGUCCCUGAGCCAUGGGAGAACCUGCAGUUUUGGAGGAUUUGACUUGACGAAUCGUUCUCUACACAUUGGCAGCAACAGUUCGGACCCAAUGAGUAAAGAAGGAGAUUUUGUGUACAAAGAAGUUAUCAAAUCACCCACGGCCUCCCGCAUCUCUCUUGGAAAAAAGGUGAAAUCCGUGAAAGAGACAAUGAGGAAGAGAAUGUCUAAAAAAUACAGCAGCUCUGUCUCUGAGCAGGACUCGGGCCUGGAGGGAAUGCCCGGCUCCCCUCCGUCUUCACAGCCUGACGGUGAACACAUGGACAAACCGAAGCUCAAAGCCGGAGGUUCUGUCGAGAGUCUGCGGAGUUCUCUGAGUGGCCAGAGCUCGAUGAGUGGUCAGACCGUAAGUACCACGGAUUCCUCAACCAGCAACAGGGAGAGUGUCAAGUCAGAAGACGGUGAUGAUGAGGAACCCCCCUACCGGGGCCCCUUCUGCGGGCGUGCCAGGGUGCACACCGACUUCACGCCGAGUCCCUAUGACACGGACUCACUCAAGCUCAAGAAAGGAGACAUCAUCGACAUAAUCAGCAAGCCACCCAUGGGCACCUGGAUGGGUCUGUUGAACAACAAGGUCGGCACAUUCAAGUUCAUCUAUGUAGAUGUGCUAAAUGAGGAAGAAGAGAAGCCCAAGCGCCCCACCAGGAGGAGGAGAAAAGGAAGACCACCCCAGCCCAAAUCUGUGGAGGAUCUCCUUGAUCGGAUCAACCUGAAAGAACACAUGCCCACUUUCCUGUUCAAUGGGUAUGAAGACCUGGACACCUUUAAGCUCCUGGAGGAGGAAGAUUUGGAUGAGUUAAAUAUCAGGGACCCGGAACACAGGGCUGUUCUCUUGACGGCGGUGGAGCUGUUACAGGAAUAUGACAGUAACAGCGACCAGUCGGGAUCCCAGGAGAAGCUGCUUGUCGACAGCCAGGGCCUGAGUGGAUGCUCUCCACGAGACUCCGGGUGCUACGAGAGCAGCGAGAACCUGGAAAAUGGCAAGACUCGGAAGACCGGCCUUCUCUCUGUCAAGUCGUCAGUGGAGUCCAGCUUUAAGUCCUUCAACAGGAAUCAGCUGGGCAACUACCCAACCCUGCCUUUAACAAAGUCCGGGGAUGCGCUGAAGCCCGGGGAGGAAGGCAGGCUGGGCAGCGGUCUCGCCCCUCACACCUCCAAGUGCUGUGACCAGCCAUGUGUGACUGGUCUGAACAAAAACCGAAGAAGCCUGCCCGUUUCCAUCUGUCGGAGCUGUGAGACCCUGGAGGGCCCCCAGCCCGUGGAAACUUGGCCCAGAUCCCAUUCCCUGGACGACCUUCAAGGAGAGCCUGCUGCUGAGAAGGAUGUGCCCGGCGAGGUGACAGAACCCUCCCCUCAGAUUGUACCACAAGUGCCACAAAAGACAACCCCCUCCAUCACAAAGGUUCAAAGCCCCAAACGAGAUCCUGCUGUUGACAAUGCACUGCUACUGACCCAAAGCAAGAGAUUUUCUGAACCUCAGAAGACAGCUAAGAAACUAGAUGGUUCCAUAGCAGCCUCCUCCCGUGGCACAUCACCUCCUCCGUGUUUGCCCAAAAACUAUGAUGCUCAGCCUCCUGGAGUUAAACACGGUUUAACAAGGACACCUCUCGAGGGUCACAGGAAAGGACUCGAGUCUGAAGGAACGCAUCAUCCCGCGGGCACCAAAGAAGGCCUAGAUGCCGAGCAGAGGGGCCCCGAGGCAAGAACGCAGGCCAGACAUCCCUCCCAGCCUCCACCUGUUCCCGCCAAGAAAAGCCGAGAACGCCUGGCCAACGGACUCCACCCCGGCCCUCCCGGUCCCGACGCACCAAGCCUGCCCGCUAAAAAAGGCAGCCCCAGUGACUGUCACUCACCUCAGGCUCCUAGGCCUCCCUCGGCACAGGAGCCCAGCAGCCCACCCAGCUCGAGGCCGCCGCCCUGGCUCUCAGAGCUCCCGGAGAGCGCCAGCCUCCAGGAGCAUGGCGUGAAGCUGGGCCCGGCUCUGACCAGAAAGACCUCCUGCGCCCGGGGAGUGGACCUGGAAACGCUCACUGAGAACAAGUUGCGAGCUGAAGGCAUUGAUCUCACUGAGGAGCCGUACUCUGAUAAGCACGGCCGCUGUGGGAUUCCCGAAGCCCUGGUGCAGCGAUAUGCAGAGGACUUGGAUCAGCCCGAGAGGGAAGUUGCCACCAACAUGGACCAGAUCCGCGUGAAGCUGCUUCGGAAGCAGCACCGCAUGGCGAUCCCAAGUGGUGGACUCACAGAAAUCUGUAGAAAGCCCCUCUCUCCCGGAUGUGUCUCGUCUGUGUCAGAUUGGCUGGUUUCCAUCGGUCUGCCCAUGUAUACCAGCGCCCUCACUGAAGCCGGGUUCAGCACAUUGGGCCAAGUGCCUUCUCUGUCCCACACUUGCCUUCAGGAGGCCGGCAUCACAGAGGAGAGACACAUAAGCAAGCUUGUGUCUGCAGCCAGACUCUUCAAACUGCCACCAGGCCCCGAGGCCAUGUAGCCAGGCCCAUCAUGGAGCUCCCCGGACAAGAGCCACCCUUUCACUGUGCUUAGGAUGCUAAUGCAAUCCCUCCUCCUUGAGACCUGCAGACCAGAUCCAGAAGAAAGGCCCGGUGUAAGGCCGACCGGAGCACGAAACCUCGGCACGGGACUGAUGACCCUCUCUUCUCCAGAAGAGCCCCCCUCGAGGAAAUUGGUGUGGUUCUCUUUGACUCCCCCAAAGAAAAGACAAGCACUAACUUUUAUUUUCAGAACACAAAAGAACCAGGAUGCCAGCUCGCCGCCCAUGCUGUGCCUCCAGUCUGUCUUGGUGUGCUGGCAGAGGGAGGGGGCAGCCGCUGUCGUUUCUGAGAAUGCCCUUGCCUUGCUGUCUGUCACCCUGCGGGAUGCCUGAGGGCAGGCGGGUAUUGGCCAGGCCAAAGUAACAGACCCAGGAGUUACUGUACGCCAUUGACUAUGCUUGUUUAUUCAAAAGUAAGAAAAUCUGGCUGCAUUAGGAAAAAAAAAAAAAAAAGUCCUAUUCUCCUUUAAGUAAACAAGAGACAUUUUAAUAAUUGCUUUCUAGCAAUCAGCUUUUAUUUGCCUUAAUAUAAGCUUUUAAGCAGUUAUCUGGUGUUCACCACCCUGUAACCAUAGUUCCAGAUCUUCAGCCUAGACUGCCAUCUAACAUACCAGAGAUGUUUUCAGAAAAAAAAAAAAAAAAAAAAGAAAAGAAAAAAAAAAAGAAAGAAAAGAAAAAAAAGGGCUUUUCUAAUUGCCUCACUCUAACAUGGCUUAAUUUGUAGGGGUGUUUGUCAGGCACAAACUUCAUGUUGGCUUUCAGUUUUUAAACUAACCACAAAUCCAGUAAAAAGCUAUCUGAAACUCACAGAUCAGGUGUGUAUGUGAGCGUGCAUGCAUGUGUGUCCAUGUGUGAGCGCGUGUGUAUAGAAACUACCUUCAUUUUAAAUCAGUUUUGUUUUGUUUACGAUGUUGGUCACCGUGCUGCAGUAUUGACUUUGACUCCCGACCACGACCAUUCCAGAAUUCACUCAUCAGCUAACAGGUCACCUUUGCAAAGCCACGUAGGUCGAAUAUUUCAGAAAGAUGCUUUUAAAAGGGAAGUAGUUUAUAAGAGAUUUUUAAAGUUUUUUUUUUUCCACUUUUAUAAUUAAGGUACUGUUUUCCUCCCUUUAUUGAGAUCAUUCUUUUAAUCCAGAUAAUAGUUCAUUCUGGAGCCAGACAAAGCACGUUAGCCAUGUAUUAAGUAUUUGCCAUUUUCAGUUGUUUUCCUACUGAUUAGAGCAUUUACCAUUCUCUUUUAGUCUGGUGUCUGACUUUUCUAGCACACAGAAAUUUAGGCAACUAAAUUAAGGUUUCCGUCGCUUCCUAAAUGAAUUUCCUCUACAUUCUUAGUCAUGAGAACUAUUCUAAGCAUUGAAUGUGAUCAUUGACAACAAACACUUUGAAGACAAAGCCUUGAUCAAAAGCUCUUAAACAUUUCAUCUCCUCGUUAAAAUGAUUCCCCUCAAGGGGGGGGGGGGAGUAACUUCACUCAUUACAAAGCCAUCUUCAGCAUUUGCUCUAUGUACUUGGAUCCGUGUUUCUGAGGAAAAGGAUGUUCUCAGGUUAUAUAUUUUUUUCACGCUUUGGUAUACAUUUAAAAAAAAUACGUUUCUUCAAUAGUAUUCACCUUCUAUAAGACGCCAUGUGAAAAAGUUGUGGAAAUGCAGAAUAAAAAGCUAAAAGCUGCCAACUUUCUACCGAGAUCUGAAAAACAGCCCAUUUUUGCCAUCUCGGGUUGUGCACACAGCCCACGUGGAAUGUGACUAUACCGCCGAACUGUAGCGCUUGUGCUGUGGUGGAGACAGGUGCAGGGACACGGAGCCUCGGCAUGACAUUCUGAGAUCCUGCUCGUAGUGUAAGCCGACCACACACAAGUCACACAACAGAUAACAGAGGAGGAGGGGGUCAUCUGUGAAUUUCCCAGUGUUAGUUCAUUUUCAGUGUCAGAUUUUCAUUUAAGUAAAAGUGGCACCAGAAAAGGGAAUGUUCUGGAGUUCUUGAAAAUGCCAAACCCUAUUUUUGUCAUUCUUCUUUGGAAAUCAUUGCCUUUGCGUAGAAAAAUCAAAUUCAGGGACCAUGAAUGAUUUUCAGUGGGAAGAUCUUCCUAACCUGAGGGGUCUGAGAUUUUUACUUUAUCGUGCUUUUAAAAAAAAUUUUUUUUUUGUUAUUGUUAGUAUUUGUUUGGUCUUUUGCUUUAAACUUUUAAUUUGAUCCUAGAAAAGCCUGAAUGUUUGUGUGUGACAUUUGACUAAGGUGGUUUAGGGACCGCGUGUCAGAAGACAGGUAGGUAGGUGUUAGGCGCCAGCAAUAUCCGGUUUUAAUCAAUUGCACUUGGUACAGAAUGUUGAGGAAGGGUUUAAAGUGUCGUCUUUGGAAAGCACAAAAGAAACCUGGAAAGGCAAUUUGGCUCAGGUAGCUACACAUCCGUUGUGUGUAAUUUUUACUGUAAAGCUGUCUAGAAGGAAAUGCGGCCAGCCCCAACCACUAUUUACAUUCCCAGAUAACCAGGAAGCAGAUACAUUUUCAUGGCCUUCUCUUAGCAGCCCUUUUCUCUGUCCUGAUCCCCAGUGUGGGGGAAAUUGGAAAUUACUAGUCUAUUGCAAACCAGUUCCUGACAUAGCAAAAUUUGCUUUCAUAACUGCAGCAAAAGAAAUCAGUUCACCAAGUCAAUGCUGCAUUGUGUGUACUGUAUUAUUUUCAGAAAAUAUAGUAGUCUGAGUCCAAGUUACCUUGAUUUUAAAUUGAUAGAGAAAUGCAAGAAACUGUCAAGCAAGUUAUAUAACAACUAACAACAUUGCACUUUCUGUAUAUGAAAUCAAUAUUUAAAUAACUUAUUUUUCUCCAUUGCUGUUCUUAAACAUUGUAAGUAGCUGUAAUAUACCAGUACCGAUAUGUCCUUGCGAUUGCUUCAGCCCAGGAAAGCUGUGUAUUGUUUUAAAAAUUGUAAAAACUAUUGUGAUGAUUCAUUUAGCAAAGAGAAAGGUGGACAGAAAGGUUUUCCUAUGUAUCAAACUUGUCUAUAAUUAUGUCAUCUUAUGUACCUAGGAAAAAUAAAUAAAUUUCGUCAGUUGACUAUG